CCUCCCCUUGCUGCUUAAAGGCAGAGGACGUCCGUGAGCGUUUCUGCUAUGCUUUCCACCUGUCCUUUCACUGGCUGGAGGCGGGUUGAACCUGGUGGUUACCAAACGCCCCAGAGCGGUCGGCGGGUAGCAGUUUAAAAGAUUAAAGAAAAAGGAAGACGGGCAGUGUUGAAGGCUAUGCUAGCUAGCCCACUAAUUUCUUUUUUAGUUUUCUUCUCAAAAUGGAAAGUUUUCCCAGUUGUAAAGCUAGUUGGUAUCCUGAAGUUUCCCUUUACAUCAGCAACUUUCCAACGGGAGCUCUAAGUGUGGUUACGGACUACUGUACUCUGCAACUAUUGACCUAGAAAAUGCAAGAAAGGGGACGUAACUGACAGCUUUCCACUUCUCUGAAGUCUUGUGUAUCAAGUUUUCCUAACUGCUACAUAAAAAUGAGAAGGCCACUGAGAAUUGAAAAAAUUACAGUUUGCCCACUCCAAGUCAUUAACCAGCUGCUUUUAAUAAAGAUGGAAGUAGAUUUCUGCAUAUAUAUGAGAACGCACACUCAAAUCCUCUUCCAGCUGUCUGACCCACUUGGAAGCUUUCAGUACCCUAAGGCAGAGUGUGGAUUUGUCACUGUAACAUUGUGAGGAAAAGUAGACAGUCGAUGGCACAUAGACUGUGUGGUUAUCUAAACCCCCAGGAAGAAGGAGUACUGAAAAUUUCAGCUAUUUGAGCCUAUAGAGUGAAGUAUGGACAAAUAGGUUUCGAAACAAUUUCCUGGUGGCCGGAAAUCAUCUAUUUCAUGGAAUGGGAAUUUUGAAGCUGAGUUGAAAUGAUAGAUGUCAGAUAUUGCAAAGAAUCUAUACCUGUCUCCGCAAUCUGAAACCCGAAAGGGGAGUAGCAUAAACCAGAUUAAGAGAACAGAAGAAGCGACGGGAUGGGCUGGAGGACCUGAAGAGAGCCAGUGUGCCUAGAGGAGAACGGGACGGAGGAGACAGGAAAGGCAGGCAGUGAUGACCACAUCAGCAGUUCCCCAACACACAGAAUGAGAAUCACUGAUCUUUAUGAGCAAUGGCUUUGUGAAAUCUACCAUUACUCUUGGAUGAAGCAGCCGUGUGUAACUUCAGACCACUUCCCAUUGUGAAAGAGUUUAAUUUUAGUAUAGGCAUACCUUGGAGAUAUUGCCGAUUUGGUUCCAGACCACUGCAGUGAAGUGAGUGUCACAAUAAAGUGAGUCAUCAUCUUUUUGCUGGUGGAAGAAAAAAACACCCAACAUCUGUGGAGUGCAAUCAAGCAAAAUGCAAUAAAACGAGAGGCCGCCUCUUUUUGCCUUUCUCACCGACAUCUGGAAUCCAGCCAAAACGCACCAGAACAAGAUGCUUCUAACAUUUGAGCCCUUUUGUAAGGAUGCUGAUUGCAACUUGGGUAACUUCAGUUUAAUCCAAGAAGAUAUGAAGGCAGUGCUGUCUUUCCUCCUCAUUCUUAUAACAUUUCUAAGGGGAUCUCAAGGUUUUUUCAGUCAUAGUAGUUCUCUGAAUGAGAAAAUAGUCAUUGGAGAACUUAAUGAAGAUGUAAUUCUCCCUUGCUCAUUUGAAAGUGGGCCCAACAUUGUAAUUCACUGGAAGAAUCAAGAUUACAAUGUUCACACAUACUACAAAGACAGUGACCAUUUGGAAAAGCAAGAUCCCAGGUACACAAACAGGACAUCCCUCUUCCACGGGGAAAUUCACAAUGGGAAUGCCUCCCUAUCCUUCAGAAGAUUAAGCCUUCCGGAUGAAGGAAGUUACAUGUGCUAUGUGGCAACAACAUCUAUAAAAAUCAUAAGCAAAGUGGUACUAAAGGUGGGAGCUUUUGUCACACCUGAGAUCAAGUAUGAAAAGAGGAACACACACAACUUCUUAAUAUGUGGCGUGUUACAUGUUUUUCCUUAUCCAGUCAUCACAUGGCAAGUGGACAAUACACCUAUCUCUGAAAGCAAUAUAGAAGAAAUCAGAGAUUUUGGUUCUUUUUGCAUUAAAAGUAGAGUAAAUAUUACAGGAUCAAAUGCAACUUAUGAAUGUACUAUUGAAAAUUCAUUGCUGAAGCAAACAUGGUCAGGGAGAUGGACGAUGAAAGAUGGCCUUCAUAAAAUGCAAAGGGAAAACGUUUUACUCUCAUGCGAACUUGCCAACUACCUUUUUCUACCAAAUCAAGACUUCGUAGUCACUUGGUCCAGAAUGAAAAGUGAGACUUUCUCUGUCCUGGCUUACUUUCUGAGUUCCUCACAAAAUGCAGUUAUCAAUGAACCCCGACUUCUAUGGAGCAAAGAACUAAUAAACCAAAGUGACUUCUCUUUGACCUUGAGGGACCUUAGUCCUUUAGACAGUGGGGAAUACUUAUGCAAUAUUUCUUCAAGCAAAUAUACUUCUCUCACCUUUCAAACAGUGCAUGUAGAACCAAGUCAAAGCAUAGCUCUCUGGACUAUUCUACUUUCGGUGAUUUUGAUGCUUUUGGUUUUGGUAAUGACAUUUUACAGAGUCAAAUCAAGGAGACGCAGCUACCUCAUCACAGGAGUACUGUUUCUACUGAUGGGAGUGCUGAUAAUGAAGAAAACAUAGUUCUUUCAGAAAAGCUAGCCAGUACAGAAAAUAACGACAAUCAUGCUUAUGAUCUGCUGUCACAGUCCAAACAUCCAGUGAUUUCAUCUCCCCUUCCUUCACUGGGAUUCCAGCACUGGCUUGCCAGGACCAGACAAUUCUACCAUUGCAAAGACUUGUAAACAUGCUCUUUUCCAGUAUCGCGUUCACUUUUGUGGCCUAUGCAAUAUUUACUGAUCCCCUACCUGCAUCAAAUGCCUGGAUGCCAAGGAUUCCUAUUCACCUUAGAAGAGAACCGUCAUUCAUUUACGUUGUUGCUGCAAUCAGCUGGGGAGGCUACCGUGAAGUUUUCACUAUGAACUACUUCAAAAUCUGAUCAAUAAUGGGUGAGAGAGCAGGUAGGAGAAGCCAUGUUAGAGAAAAGGUGAAAAACCAGAGCCUGGAAACCAAGAUAGUUGAUUGCUAAGGUAUUAGAUGCCAAUUUUACAUGAAUGGUCACAUCAGUUUAUCCAAUUAGAUUUAGUACGCUGAGUCUUAGUACCCCAAAGAAGAAGAAUGUCAGUAUCUCCAGGACCGUCUAGGACAAAAGGCCCUAUCAACCCAAGAACUGACAUCUGUGGAGUUGGGUUAUACUUUCCACGACCAGGUUUGCAUAGCUGAGUGACCCUACCUCUGAAGAUAAUCUGAUUCACUCUUCUGACUUGAUCUAUAUCCUUUAAUUUUAAUCAAUUUAUAAGAAAGAAAAGGUAAUUUUUGUGACUUAGCCAAAAUUUGAUCCUAUAGUUUACAGGAGAAAACCAACUCUAAAUUACGUGUUAAUGCCACCUGGUCCGGUUUUCUCUAUCAGCUGGCCUUAACUUCACAGUCACAUAUUUUUGUUGACUCUUAUUUGCUACAAUGUUGUGACAGGUUUUCAUAAACUGUAAAGUAUUAAGGAUGCCAUUACAAAGAAAACCUUUACAAAAGAUCAUAGGACACUUUAUGAGGAGAAAAUGCUCAGAAUUUCUGUGAUCCUCUUACAAUGAUGAUGAGAACAAAUUAUAGAUGGCAGACAAGGAAUAACUUGGGUCCUUCAACACUGCUGAGCCCCUGAAUUAGGAGUCGGGGUUGGAUCAGAGAGGCAGACUGCUAAGAAUGACGGAAAAUAAGGAUUUACCAUAGGAAUUUAACCUCACACCAUUGUGGGAACUGGUGACGUCUGUGCCAGGCUGUCUCCUCUGCAUCUGGUGCUAGACUUAAAGUCACUCCAGGUUGGCUGUGCCAGCGGUCAAGGAGGAGGGUUAGACAUGGAGUGAGGAUGAACUAGAAUCUUGUCUUGGGGCCUCUAAAGUCCAUGCCGUGGGUGACCUGCAAGGUAAGCUGGUGCCCACUGCCAUGUAGCCACACACAUGCCUGGCCAAGACUCUGAGGCCGAAGAUGGAAACUGACUGAGACUGGAGGAGCUGCUGUUGAUCUCUACUAGCUAAUGUUUUUGGCCUGGGCACUGACCUUUUGAGCAUAAAAUAAGCAGCUGCCCCUCUCUCUCAAACCUGGUGCAACUUUCUCUUCUGAUCCUCUCUAGUCCAGAACCACACAGAAAGGAAUUCUGAGAAACACACCUCCAGCUUAGGGAAACUGGCACAAUACCACCCAUCCCUGACUGAAUGUCUUGUGUGAGAAUUUGCUUCAGCGUUUAAAGUCUGCACCAGCAUGUAGCCUACAUUUGUGUCAAUUAGGACGGUUUUAUCCACAAAGUGCCUAACCAUGAUUAUAUGUAAAUCACGGUGCUAAGUUUAUCAAUUCCCACUAUUAGUGGUGAAAAAUAUAGACUUAUAGAUUAGAGAUGAGUCAAGCAAAGUUUAUAACUUCAGUAAUAACCAUUUACCAACAUCCUCUAGUUUUCAUGGACAAUAACUUGUCUAAGGAUAUAUUCUAUGAAUAUUACUUAUUAAGGGGCAAUAUGGACAAAGAACAAGUAUGAAUUCAUUUGUUAACUUUUAAAAAGUAUUGCAUCUGUUUAAUCUUUCAUGUGAAAUGUUAUAUUUGAAGAUCAAGAAAUCUCCAUUAAUUUUAGAAGCAAUUAUUACAUUUUUCUAAUUACCUUGUUUAAACUGCUUUUCACACUACAUAAACAAUGUUGGGUUUUUUUUGUUGUUGUUGUUGUUGUUUUUCUUGUUUCAAAUGCAACUUAACUUUCUGGCCAUAAAAUAAAACAGUCCUUGUACUUCCCCA